CUCCCUGCCUUGUCCUCGCAGACGUUCACAGCUUGGUGCAACUCCCACCUGCGGAAGGCUGGCACGCAGAUAGAGAACAUCGACGAGGAUUUCCGUGAUGGCCUCAAGCUCAUGCUGCUUCUGGAGGUGAUUUCAGGGGAACGAUUGCCAAAACCAGAGCGGGGAAAAAUGAGAGUGCAUAAAAUCAACAACGUGAACAAAGCCCUCGAUUUCAUCGCCAGCAAAGGCGUCAAGCUGGUCUCUAUAGGAGCUGAAGAGAUAGUCGAUGGCAAUGCGAAGAUGACGCUGGGCAUGAUCUGGACCAUUAUCCUCAGAUUUGCCAUUCAGGACAUCUCAGUGGAAGAAACCUCGGCGAAGGAGGGCUUGCUACUGUGGUGUCAGAGGAAGACGGCUCCCUACAAGAACGUCAACGUGCAGAACUUCCACAUCAGCUGGAAGGAUGGUCUUGCUUUCAAUGCCUUGAUCCACAGACACAGACCGGAGCUCAUCGAAUAUGACAAACUCAGAAAGGAUGACCCCGUGACAAAUCUGAACAAUGCCUUCGAAGUGGCAGAGAAGUACCUUGACAUCCCCAAGAUGCUGGAUGCAGAGGACAUUGUCAACACAGCUCGCCCCGACGAGAAAGCCAUCAUGACCUAUGUGUCGAGCUUCUACCAUGCCUUUUCUGGGGCUCAGAAGGCCGAGACCGCAGCAAACCGCAUUUGCAAAGUGCUGGCUGUCAACCAGGAGAACGAGCACCUCAUGGAAGACUACGAGAAACUCGCUUCUGACCUGCUGGAGUGGAUCAAGCGUACCAUCCCUUGGCUGGAGGACCGCAGCCCGCAGAAGACCAUACAGGAGAUGCAGCAGAAGCUGGAAGACUUCCGUGACUACCGGCGCGUCCACAAGCCCCCCAAAGUGCAGGAGAAAUGCCAGCUGGAGAUCAACUUCAACACCCUGCAGACGAAGCUCCGGCUGAGCAACAGGCCUGCUUUCAUGCCCUCCGAGGGGAAGAUGGUCUCGGACAUCAAUAACGGCUGGCAGCACUUGGAGCAAGCUGAGAAGGGCUAUGAGGAAUGGCUGCUGAACGAGAUCAGGCGGCUGGAGCGGCUCGACCACCUGGCUGAGAAGUUCAGGCAGAAGGCAUCCAUCCACGAGGCCUGGACCGAAGGCAAGGAAGCCAUGCUGAAGCAGAAGGACUAUGAAACCGCCACCCUGUCGGACAUCAAAGCCCUCAUCAGGAAGCAUGAAGCCUUCGAGAGCGAUCUGGCAGCACACCAGGACCGCGUGGAGCAGAUCGCAGCAAUCGCGCAGGAACUCAACGAGCUGGAUUACUACGACUCGCCCAGUGUGAAUGCUCGGUGCCAGAAGAUCUGCGACCAGUGGGAUGUUCUAGGCUCCUUGACACACAGCAGGAGAGAGGCUCUCGAGAAAACAGAGAAGCAGCUGGAAAUGAUCGACGAGCUGCACCUGGAGUAUGCGAAGAGGGCGGCCCCCUUCAACAACUGGAUGGAGAGCGCCAUGGAAGACCUUCAGGACAUGUUCAUCGUCCACACCAUCGAGGAGAUCGAGGGACUCAUUGCUGCUCACGACCAGUUCAAGUCCACCCUGCCCGACGCCGACAAGGAGCGUGAGGCCAUCCUGGGCAUCCAGAGGGAAGCACAGCGGAUCGCAGACUUCAACAGCAUCAAGCUCUCUGGGAACAACCCCUACACCUCUGUAACCCCGCAAAUCAUCAACUCCAAGUGGGAACGGGUCCAGCAGCUGGUGCCAAAGAGGGACCAUGCCUUGCUCGACGAGCAGAGCAAGCAGCAAUCCAACGAGCAUUUACGUCGGCAGUUUGCCAGCCAGGCCAACAUUGUGGGGCCCUGGAUCCAGACCAAGAUGGAGGAGAUCGGGCGUAUCUCCAUCGAGAUGAACGGCACACUGGAGGACCAGCUCAACCACCUCAAGCAAUACGAGCAGAGCAUCGUGGACUACAAACCCAACAUCGACCUGCUGGAGCAGCAGCACCAGCUCAUUCAGGAGGCGCUGAUCUUCGACAACAAGCACACCAACUACACCAUGGAGCACAUCCGCGUGGGCUGGGAGCAGCUCCUCACCACCAUUGCCCGCACCAUCAACGAGGUGGAGAACCAAAUCCUCACCCGCGACGCCAAGGGCAUCAGCCAGGAGCAGAUGCAGGAGUUCAGGGCUUCCUUCAACCACUUCGACAAGGACCAUGGCGGUGCCCUGGGACCAGAGGAGUUCAAAGCCUGCCUCAUCAGCUUGGGAUACGACGUGGAGAAUGACCGACAGAAGCGCACGGGAAGCAUGGACACCGAUGACUUCCGAGCCCUCCUUAUCUCCACGGGAUACAGCCUGGGUGAUGCUGAAUUCAACCGGAUAAUGAGCGUCGUCGAUCCCAACAACAGCGGGAUCGUCACCUUCCAAGCUUUCAUUGACUUCAUGUCCCGGGAGACCACCGACACGGACACGGCUGACCAAGUCAUCGCCUCCUUCAAAGUCCUGGCCGGGGACAAGAACUACAUCACGGCUGAGGAGCUGCGGCGAGAGCUGCCCCCCGACCAGGCGGAGUACUGCAUUGCCCGCAUGGCUCCUUACCAGGGCCCCGAUGCCAUCCCCGGAGCCCUGGACUACAAGUCCUUCUCCACAGCGCUCUACGGCGAGAGCGACCUCUGAGCCCGGCCGCCGUGGCGGCGGCACCGGCAGCACCAAGCGCUGGCGCUUCCCGGCAGGAGCCAAGCCCCCAUUUGGUUUUUUUUUUUUUCUUCCGUGCUCUGCAUACACACACACACACACACACACCGACACCGGCUGUUCCCUCCAGCUGUGGGGUCUUCCCGGGGAGGGGAUCACAGAAAAAGCCACGGGCGCCCCACCAUCCGGUUAUUGCGUAUUAUGCCGACCACGUACCUAUGCAAUGAUUUAUUUUGGGUUCUGUUGUUUUGUGGUUUUUUUUUUUUUUUUCACUUCGCUCUGCGGGGAGGGCAGGCUGCGAGCUGGCAGGGAGUGGGGGGGGUUCUCACCUUUUAGUCGCUUCGGGUUUCUUGGCAGGGGAGCAGGGAGUCUCAGCGCGCCUGGCAGCUCUGGCUCAGAUGGUUAUUUUUUUUAAUAUAAACCCCUUCUAUUUUUUCAACUGACGGAACAGGACGGCUGCCAGCUGCUGGCAUGUUCAAAGGGAGACCCCUCCUCCUGCCCUGCCUCUGCCCUCUUUUAAUUUAUGCCUCUCCGUAGCAGAAAAUCCGAACGGGGUCUUUGCGGA